AUGAACAAGAACGCAGAAAAGAAGAUGUCAAUGGAAGCAGACCAACUGACUGCGCCACAACAGCCAGCCCAUGCAGCACAUCAGAAGAUUCCGCCGAUAAUCAUACUUUACAAGGAAUCAUACAAGACGUUGCACACAUGGCUGAAAAGGCACUGCAAAGCAUCUUUCACCGUCAAGCAGACGGGCGGAGAAACACUAAAACUGAUCUUGAAUACUACGGAGGAUUACGUAAAGGUUGUGUGCAAACUCGGAGAAGACGGCAUUCCGAUGUAUACCACGCCAGCAGUCCGACCACCGACGCUGAAGACUCUGAUUAAAGGAAUUCCCGUUUCAUUAACGGACGCAGAAGUCAAAGAAGAACUGGAAGAACUUGGAUACAUAGCAACACUUACAGAACGUCACCGAAUGCCGGGAACAAAUCAGAUGACGGAACAUCGGGUCGUCAUAUUACCUGACAUGCCAGACCACCGCAGCAUCUUUCAGCUGACACGAAUCUACGACCUCUCAAUCAAGGUUGAACGCCUGCGCCGCUCGCGCGGACACGUUCAAUGCUUCCGCUGUCAAGGCUUCAAUCAACGGACCACGACAGCAGAGAGUGCAAGAGACCGAAAGAAGAAGCGCCACCGUGUGGACUACGCGGCGGGGCGCAUCCUGCCAACUACCACACCUGCCCUAGACACAAGGAAGCCAGUCGAAGAUUCCGUGGUCUGCCACCAAUGA